GGAACUAUGCAAAAACCCCCGUGCCUUUGUUUUUUGUUUUUGUUGUUAAAGGUUUAAGGCAGAGCUCCUGACGAGUAACUUUGACCAAAUGACUAAUGAGACAGAAGUUUGAGUUAAUCUCACGCUUGUCUUUUGAAAGAAAACAGCACUGAGCAGCUGAACUCGGAAUCACAUUUUUUUUCUGACCAUGGAGAAAGCAUGGAAGGUGGAGUUUCAGAACGUGGGCAACAGCUAUUUCCCACAGAGCCGAGUGGAAUGCCACUACAGCAUCAGCUCUCAGCACAGCUGGGCUAGCAGUGACUGGAUCGGCCUGUUUAAGGUUGGCUGGUCAUCUGUGAGGAACUACCAUACAUUUGUGUGGGCUCUUGCUCCAACCAACUACAAGGAAGGGACUGAUGUUAACUGCUGCGUCCACUUCCAAGCUUGCUAUUUGCCAGGCCCCAGUGGUGAGCAGUAUCAGUUCGUAUAUGUGGAUGGGAAGGGCGAAGUGUGCUCCCGCAGCUCUGCUUUCACUUUCUCUGCUCCAAAGCCACUGGAGGAGUUAGUGACUCUGGAGCAAGCCCUGGAGGGAGGUGAAGGCAGCGAGGACAUGCUAGUUGUCGUUCCCAAAGCUGAGCUUCUGCAGAGCCGGCUGCAGGAGUGUCUGAAAGAGAGGGCUGAGUUAUUGCAGGCUCUAGAAACAGCAGAGAGGAGCCGUGAACAUGAGCGCGAGUGCUCACAUAGGACCAGAGAGGCGUGGGAGCAGAGGAGCAAGGAGCUGGAGGAGGAGCUCAGGCACACCAGGGAACAAAUGGAGGACAUGAAGAAGAAGCAGGAGGAGAUGGCAGCUCUCAGGGAGGUUCUGCAGGAGGAGAAGCAGGCCCUGCUAGUUAAAGAAGCUGCCAGUGAGCAGAGGAUCAGCCAGCUGGAGGACGACAUCAGGGUGCUCACCCAAAAAGCCCUGGAGAGAGAGACAGAUCUAGAGAGGAUGAAGGAGCGAGCCAAAAAAUCUGCGGCCCAAAAGAAAGAAGUAGAAGGUGAACACAAGAAUAUUAAGCUGAAGUUGGAGCAGACUGAAAAAGAGCUGCAUAGCCUCUCUACAGAGUUCCAGAGUUUGAGAAGUUCUCUGGCCCAGAGAGACACGCAUGCCCUGCAGCUCCGAGAUACCAUCACCACACUCACACACAAACUCAACAACGCACAUAGGAAGGAGGCAGCCAAUGAAGCGGCUUUAGCUGAGUUACACGGUGUUCAGGAGCGACUGAGUGCCAGUGAAGGCUGUGUUGAGACUCUGCGGACUGAGAUCAGAGACAUGGCGGCUCAGAGGGACAACAUCCAGGCCGACCUUCACCAGGCCAGACUACAGACCGCACAGCUCACCCUGCAGCUUGCAGAUGCCAACCUGGCACUGCGGGAGGCUCGUGCCAGCUGGGUGCAGGAGAGAGAGAGUCUGCAGUGUAGCACUGAGAUGAUUAGGACACAUUUGGACAGGCUGAAUGAUGAGAUCAAGCAGAAGGAAGAGCAGCUGCAGGAGGAGAGGAUGGAGAGAAACAAAGCAGAGGUGGAGCUUGGGCGAGAGAAAGACUGCAACCGGGUGCAGCUGAGUGAAACACGAAGGGAGCUGCAGGAACUGAAAGCCAGUCUCAGGGUGGCUCAGAAGGAAAAGGAGCAACUGCAGGCUGAGAAAAAGGAGGUGAUUGAGUACAUCCACCAGCUGGAGCAGAGGCUGGAGACCCUGAGUGGCUCUAAAUGGAGCAUGACCGCGUUGUUGCAGAGCGGUCAAGCAGACAGCUCCCUCUCAGAGUCGGAGGAUGAGAAUCCAGAGGCACUAAGGCCUCUGAGUCAUUACAGCUUGUGUGACCAACCCCAGGCUGACCUCCUCAUUCUGCCCACUACUCCUCCUCCGUCCCCGCGACUCCUCCACUCGUCUCAGGCUGUGGUGAUCAGUCAGCCCGCUCCACUCUGCUCCCCACAUCAGCCUAGUGAUGACACACACCCACACAUGCACAGCUCCGAGUCGGAGGAGGAAUAUGAAGUGUUUCAAUCAGGUGGGAAUAGCUUUGGAGAAGAGAUGGCUCUCCUGCUGCCUAACCACAGAAACGCUAUUCUCAGUGAUGUGGAAGAGAGCCCCCUGUGGUGAGGAGUGGAACUACAAGAUCAACCUGUUACAGGUCUUUGCACAGCAACACAUACUGACAUAUGCAAUUUGCUUUACAUUCUUAAUGCACUUUCUGUAUGCACAAGCUACUAGACUAAUCAGUCAUUCACACAUUUACCUGUUCAAAUUUAACACUUAACACUAAGGAUGCAUCAAUACAGAUAAUGAUAACUGUAUCUCGUUUACUCAUACUCGUAAGAAAUGGUCCAAUACCAGCAUCUGAUACCAUGUGAUAGUAUGUGACGUAAGCCAUGACAUGAAAUGAGAACAAUAUGUAACAUAUGAUCUGUGUUAUGAUCAAAGAAAAGCAAACCGUGUUCUGUGAAAUUAUCAAAAGGAGGAAUAACUUUAUGGUGUUUAAACAGUAUCUUUAAUAACGAGUGCUAAGGUCACCAACCUGAGCUUGCAGACCAGUAUCAGUGAGAGUGGUCAUUAAAAAUGCACGCAAGGUCCAGUGAACUGUGUGCAUACAAAAGAACUGGUGAGCAUGGAGCAGUGAACCAAGCAUGCAGAGAAGCUGGCCUGUGUGAGCACUUUAGUACCGCGAGCACUGAGCGCUUUCACUUCCUGCACUUUGCUCACGAGUCAAGGUGCAAUUCAUGGCGCUUUGCGCUCAUUUUUAACGACAACACUUGCUGAAAAUGCUCUGCAUGCGCUCAUUUUUAAUGACAACACUCGCUGAUAAUGCUCUGCACGCUCAUUUCGGCCACACUUAUGCUCUCUAUUAACCGUUUAAACACCAUAAUUUAUUAAACAUGAACUCAGUACAAGGAGUUCAUUGCUAGCUGCAACCAACAUAAACGAUUAUAAGCUGAAUAAAAUCUUCCAUAACGCCCCUGAUUGAUGAGUCACUUCCAUAUCGGUAUCAACAUAUAUCAAAAAACAUGUACUCAGUCUGAAAAAUAUUAUUUUUUAAGAAGUUGUUUAAUUCAAAAUGGUUUGGUAUGUCAGAAAGAUAGUGUGUCUUUGUGUAUUUAGGUGUGUAUGGCUAGUUUUGAAUUAUGAUGAAUAGCUUUUUACUCAAAAAAGUCUAUAAUUAAGCGUAUAUCAGUUUUUAUGUUUAUAAGAGUUAGAACUUGCAAUAAUGUAUGUAAAACACAUUUGAAUCCAUGUUUGAGAGGAUAGGAUUUUGUUUUACUUUAAGGCUAUUAUGUCUAAUAUUUUUGGAGUGUUGGUAAAUAUGUUAACUGCAGCCUAUCAAGGAUAUCACGAAUUAUGUGUCAGAAAGGAAAUGACAUGUGAAUGUGUAAUAAAGAAACUGAAUUUAAAGCAGUUGAGGUCAAACAUGAAAUGAUCAUGGAAGUGUUUGCACAGAUAUGAGCAGUCCUGAUUGCAAUAAUGCUACAAGUAAUAAUCAUAAUUAGCUAACUUUUAUUAAUGCAAAUACUUUGUGAUCUCUGUCUCUGCAACAAAUUAUGAUAUAAAUGUUUUCUACCAUUUAAAGUUUUGUUUUGCUCAUUUAACUAGGUGAUGUUUCACUGUCUCUCUUUUAAGGCAUGGGUUCUCAAAAUUUUGCAGCCAGGUACCUGUUUAAUUGGGAAAAAAAAAACAAAAAAAAAAAAACACGGACCCCCCUCUCUCAGUACCAAUUUGUUCUAUGAACAUAAUCCAGCUAUUCAAAUAUUAGGCUCAUUAUUUAAUUAUGUGCAAUAAUAAUCUUGCUAUUUAUUAGAGCCAUAGAGCUUUUUUAUUCCUGGACUUCCCACCGACAGAAUGCAUUAGGUCCACCAAGGCAUAAUUUAUAGGCCUGUUUGUUUUUGAGUUAUUAUUUUGAGUUAUUAUUUGGAUUAAAUCAAUGUAAUUCAAGUGACCAGUCAAGUAGGCUAGUAACUAUAAGAAUUCAAUCCUAACAGUUUUGAUAAUGGUGUUUUCUACUACUGUAACAGAAGAAAACAUGGAUGCCCUUGCUGUAUACCCCAAUUUGAGAGCCUCUGCUUUAAUGUUUGAAUAAUUUUUAUCUAUAACUUUUUAUACAGGAUGUUUCAUAAUCCAUGUUCUCUUUGAUUCAGUCUGUGUACUGUAAGAUGCUUGGUUUAAUCCUGUACUGUGCUACUGUUUUUCUUGUUACAUUUAAAUUGUGCUAGUGGAAUAAUUCACAGCCAUUUUACAACAUAUUAAAAUAGUUUAAUAUACAACACAGGUUUGUACACAAGCUUAUUCAUGUGGGUGGUCUUGUAUUGUCACUACAUAAAUUUAACCAAGACAUCAGUGAACUUGUUUUAUUAAAUGGUCAGCAUGGUGACUACCAAGGCACAAUCUUUUAAGUGUACUAGAUACUUUUCACCUCUUGGUGGUUUGUAGCUUUUACUGUUGUAAACUAAUUAGCAUCCAUCUGCUGUGCCAUGCCGGUUUGUGUUUAAAGUACCACAAGAUCCUCACUGUUUCCAGCCCUGUAAAAAUCCUGAGCUUUAAUUCUAUAUAGACUUGUAUCCGGUUCCUCACAGAAGAACUGUUUUUUUUUUUGUUGUUGUUUUUUCUUCAGUCCAUCUGUAUUCAUAGCAAUAAGCCCUCAAUUUUUUUUUUUGCUUUUUCUUUGUUUUGUUUUUUUUUGUUUUUAUAUAUUCACUUAUCCAAUAUGUAUUUUCCAUAAUGUGUUGUACUGUAAGGGUUUGGGUGGGUUUCAACAAUAAAGUAUUCAUAA